AUGUCUUACUCGUCCAUCGCAGUUCGUCACUUCACGGCCCCCAAGCCGCUAGGGGAGACAAUGGCCUCACCUCGCUCUCAGCCUCCUCCUGAGACCAAGACCAAACCGACCUCUGUGGACGGCACGAACGGUCAUAACGUUGCCUUGGAACAGCCAAAGAAGAAAGGGUCAACGUUCGCUAACCAAGACUCCCUCCCCAAGCUUCCUAUCCCGGAUCUAGAGAGCACAUGCAAGAAGUACCUUGAGGCCCUGUCUGCGUUGCAGACGCCGAGGGAACAGGAAGAAACAAAAGCUUCUGUACAAGACUUCCUCAAGUCGGACGGUCCCAUUCUUCAGGAGAAGCUAAAGGCCUAUGCGUCUUCGAAAACGAGCUUCAUUGAGCAGUUCUGGUAUGAUUCUUAUCUGAACUACGACAGCCCGGUCGUUUUGAAUCUCAACCCAUUCUUCUUGUUAGAAGAUGACCCUACGCCUGCUCGGAACAACCAGGUUACUAGAGCAGCAUCGCUCGCUGUAUCGGCCCUAUGCUUCGUCCGAGCUGUCCGACGAGAGGAGCUCGAGCCUGAUACUGUCAAAAAGACACCGCUUUGCAUGUAUCAAUAUUCUCGACUGUUCGGAACGGCACGUUUACCCACCGACAACGGGUGUGUUAUCAGCCAGGACCCCAACGCCAAGCAUAUUGUCGUCAUGUGCCGGGGUCAGUUCUACUGGUUUGAUGUCCUUGAUGAAAACCAUGACCUGAUUAUGACUGAGAAGGACAUUGCCCUCAACCUUCAGGUGAUCAUCGGGGAUGCAGAGCAGACUUCGAUCCAGGAUGCCGCCAAGGGAGCUCUGGGUGUCCUCAGUACGGAGAACCGCAAAGUGUGGUCUGGACUGCGGGAUAUCUUGACGAAGGAUGAGGGCUCGAACAACGCGGAGUGUCUGAACAUUGUUGAUACAGCCCUCUUUGUUCUCUGUUUGGAUUAUACCGAGCCGAGUAACACAUCUGAUCUAUGUGCCAACAUGCUCUGCGGCACCAGUGAAGUGGUCAAAGGUGUGCAGGUCGGCACGUGUACUAAUCGAUGGUAUGACAAGCUUCAAAUCAUUGUGUGCCAGAACGGAAGUGCCGGAAUCAACUUUGAGCAUACAGGUGUAGAUGGCCAUACGGUGUUACGCUUUGCCAGUGACGUCUAUACAGACACGAUACUUCGCUUCGCAAGAACUAUCAAUGGGCAAGCUCCAACUAUGUGGGCAACUACUAGCCCCGAUCCGGCCAAACGUGACCCUCAAAGCUUUGGCAAUGUCAGCACUACACCUCGCAAACUGGAGUGGGAUAUGCUUCCCGAACUGAGCAUUGCCCUGCGAUUCGCCGAGUCCCAUCUCGCCGACCUUCUCAAGCAGCACGAGUUCAAUGUGCUCGAGUUUGAAGGGUAUGGUAAAAAUUUCAUCACAUCGAUGGGAUUUUCGCCGGAUGCGUUCGUGCAGAUGGCGUUCCAAGCUGCGUACUAUGGGUUGUAUGGCCGCCUGGAGAAUACAUACGAACCAGCCAUGACCAAGUUCUUCUUACACGGUCGGACCGAGGCGAUACGGACCGUCACAAACGAAUGUGCCAAUUUCGUUAAAACUUUUUGGGGUGAGAACCCGGCCGAGCAGAAGGUGGACGCAUUAAGGAAGGCGACCGAAAAGCAUACAGCCACCACCAAAGAGUGUUCCAAGGGGCAGGGACAAGAUCGACAUCUCUACGCAUUAUAUUGUGUCUGGCAGCGGUCCUUUGAGGAAGAGACUUCCUCUUCUGGCAACAGUGUAGUAGGCAGUUCCAACGGCUACUCCAGCCCCGUCGAGAAUGGUUCUGCUAUCGACUCACCCAAGUCCCCGUUAUCGGAAGAUGGCUUGUCCUCCACGACUAGUUAUGGUUUGCGCGCAAUCCGUCCAGCACCACCUACGCCCGCCCUUUUCAGUGACCCGGGUUGGGACAAGAUCAACAACACCAUAUUGUCAACAUCGAACUGUGGAAAUCCAUGCCUUCGCCAUUUUGGUUUUGGUCCGACGUCUGCGGAUGGGUUCGGAAUUGGCUAUAUAAUCAAGGACGACUCGAUCUCAUUCUGCGCCUCGUCCAAGCACCGUCAGACCGCGCGACUGCUGUAUACACUAGAGUCGUAUUUGUUUGAGAUCCGGAAGCUACUACGCGCUACCAACCGGAAGACGACCAGUCCGCGGACGAGCCGAGCUCGGGAGAUGGAGUUUAUCGCUGAGCGGCUCCAGAGGGAUCACCGUCGGGGUCGGCUCGUUCGGGGUGAUCCUGGGGCAACGCACCGGGGUGCCGAGACGCCAACAACAGACAGCGGAGAGAUAGAAGAUGAUGGCAUGGGUGGAUACGGAUUCUUCGACGCGGGAAUGCUAUUACAUGCACUCAAAGGCUUGAGUGUAGACCGAGAGCGAAGCGGAGAGAAACCCGAACGGCGUCGGUUUGUUGGCAAGAAAUUACGUCUGAAUGAGUAUUGA